GCAGCGGAGGAGGAAGACGAGCUGGGAAAGGCUGCGGCGUCUGUUCAGCUUCGGUGGGGGUGGCCCUGUCUUUGUGGCCAUGGCGAGCUCCAAGCACCGGCGCAUCGGCAGCAACUCGGGGCAAAUCCAGGUGGAUAGUGGGCCUGCCAAUACCAAAGGUGGAGACCAAAAUGUCACAGAAACAGAUGCCCUUGAGAGAAGCCAACCAUUUGAUCCAGCAGCACAAUACAAAAUGAACCACAGGCGAAGAGGGGUUGCUUUAAUCUUCAAUCAUGAGCAGUUUUACUGGCACUUAACACUGCCAGAUAGACGGGGCACACUUGCAGACAGAGACAAUCUGAAACGCAGUUUGACAGAGCUUGGAUUUGAAGUCAGAUGCUUUGAUGACCUUAAAGCAGAAGAGGUUAUGCGGAACAUUUAUGAAGUGUCAAUGGACAACCACAGUGAUGCUGACUGCUUUGUGUGUGUGUUCCUGAGCCAUGGUGAAGAUAAUCACAUUUAUGCCUAUGAUGCUAAAAUAAAAGUUCAGACAGUGACAAACAUGUUCAGAGGAGACAAAUGCCCGAGUCUAGUAGGAAAGCCUAAAAUAUUUAUAAUACAGGCAUGUCGAGGUGAUAAACAUGAUGACCCAGUCAUUGUUCAGGAUGCAGUGGACAGUAUUGUAGACAAGUCCAAUGUCAAUGAAACUGAAGUGGAUGCUGCGGCUAUAUAUACUUUACCUGCUGGUGCAGACUUUCUAAUGUGCUACUCAGUUGCAGAAGGUUACUAUUCUCAUCGUGAAACUCUAAAUGGCACCUGGUAUAUUCAAGACUUGUGUGAGAUGAUAAGAAAAUAUGGUUCUUCCUUGGAAUUCACAGAACUUCUCACUCUGGUUAACAGGAAAGUUUCUCAUCGCAGAGUGGAUAUGUGCAGAGACAUUAAUGCAAUAGGAAAGAAGCAGAUUCCUUGUUUUGCCUCAAUGCUAACUAAAAAAUUACACUUCCCUCAAAAAUCAAAGUAGAUUUGCCCAUCUGUGAGAAUGGCAUCUUAUUCAGAUUCACUCCAAAAAUGAAAAAUAUCUUCAUCACUUAAUCUUGUAGUCUAGAAGAUCACUGAGUGAAGGAGUUGUUCUCUUGUUCAGUAGUUUAUACCAUGAUUUUCGAUGGAGCUAGAGAACCGCACAGUUAUUCACAUCACAUCAUGCAUUUCCUCAACAGGCCUAUUUUCAAAAAUGCUGGGAUCAAAUUUCAGGAGCCAUAAUGUAAAUACUUAAAAAAACCACCUUUCUAUAUUAGAAAUUAUUGCUUUGUUAUAAUAAAUCAGCAUUGCAGCAACAGCAAUCUCAGGGACUUUUGGGAGAAAUAAUUGUAACACUGAUUUCUGUGUAAUAAAAAUUGCAAGGUGCUCAGAUCCCAUGGUAAUGAGGGUCAUGCAAGUCAAAGAAAGCAAGCACUUUUUAACCAAUUUUUUAAAAUGUUCUGACUUGCACUUGAAUGACACUGUGUCUAUUUUCUAACUGCAUUCUAGCAUUUUCUAACUUUUUUCACAAAUUUUUAAAACUGCAUUAGAGUAUAAAAGCUUUUUUUUUGCACUGACAUUAAUUUAUGAGGAGUGCAACUAAGGUAUAUUUGUAAUUUUUCUGUAUCUUAAAUAUUUAACACCUACAACACAUUAAAAUGUGCAAUGUAUGUUUCA